GUGUACUAUCUUGUCGUGACGUUAACACGUGCACCGGUUCCCAUUGGGGCUUGUCCAGAUAAGGACGCCAUAUAAAACCUGAUACCGUUUGUUAUACUAGACAUUGGUAGUCUUCGUCUUGACAGCCAAGCACAUCAACAUGAGAAUCUUUAACCUGGUACUAGUGUUGAGUCUGUUCGGCCUUUCCCAGUGCAUACUCCCACUGCUGGCCCCAAUUAUCGGAGCGGCUGUUGGCCCCUUGCUUCAGGGUCUCAUCGGUGAUAUCGGCGCUCUGUUCUCUGGCAAGAGUGGAGACUUAGCAAUCCCAAAUUCCAAAAUCAAACUGCACUACAACAUCCACAAAUGCCGUCUGCACAUCGGAAAGAGAGCUUUCCUUAGCGGCAUAGAGCGAUGCAAGGUGACCGUUUGUGAGAACCAGAUUUCCCACUCGUGUCAAUCCUGUACGAAGCACAAGCAAGCUGAUGCCCUGAAGUGCGCCAUGAACGCCGAAGUCGCUCACCUCCAGGCACUUGCAAAGGGUUAAACGGGCUCGAAGAAGGGUUAACUGGCUCGACGAAGGGUUAACUAACUCGAUGAAUAGUUAACUAGCUCGAUGAAGGGUUAAUUGGUUUGACGAACAGAUUGUUACCAAUAAAUGUUUUUUCAAAGGUU